UAUUUCAUAAUUUUUUCUAUUUUUUAUAUAAUAAAAAAAAAUCUCUUUGAAAGGUUGCGGAAAAAAGUAUUAUUUUUUGAGAAAUAUUUAUUAUUUCCCUUUCUUCCUCUCUUUUCGGUUUCUGUUUGUGUGUCAGAACAAAAGAGGAAGGGAAAUAAGGAGAAAUCUCUAAUCAUAGGAAAAACAAAAGAAAAGAGAGCAACAAGUGAAGCAAAUUCCAGAGGAUGAAUGGGGUCACACUCCUUGAACCAGAUGACUCUGAGUUUGUUGAAGUUGAUCCAACUGGCAGAUAUGGCAGAUACAAUGAAAUCCUUGGCAAAGGAGCUUCAAAGACAGUAUAUAGAGCAUUCGAUGAGUAUCAAGGGAUUGAAGUUGCUUGGAACCAGGUCAAGCUCUAUGAUUUUCUACAAAGCCCUGAAGAUCUUGAGAGGCUUUACUGUGAAAUUCAUCUCCUGAAAACAUUGAAGCACAGAAACAUUAUGAAAUUUUACACCUCUUGGGUAGAUACUGCAAAUAGGAAUAUCAACUUCGUGACUGAAAUGUUCACAUCUGGUACACUUAGACAGUAUAGGCAAAAGCACAAGAGAGUUAACAUCAGAGCAGUGAAGCAUUGGUGUAGACAGAUCCUGAGUGGACUUCUCUAUCUUCAUAGCCUUGACCCGCCUGUGAUCCAUAGAGAUCUCAAAUGUGAUAACAUUUUUAUCAAUGGAAACCAAGGGGAAGUAAAGAUUGGAGAUCUUGGCCUGGCAGCAAUUCUCCGGAAAUCCCAUGCUGCUCAUUGUGUAGGAACACCUGAGUUCAUGGCCCCCGAAGUAUAUGAAGAGGCAUAUAAUGAAUUAGUUGACAUAUAUUCCUUUGGGAUGUGCAUAUUGGAGAUGGUCACAUUUGAAUAUCCAUAUAGUGAAUGCACUCAUCCGGCUCAAAUCUACAAGAAAGUUAUUUCUGGGAAAAAGCCAGAUGCUUUGUAUAAAGUGAAGGAUCCAGAAGUGCGACAAUUUGUUGAGAAAUGCUUGGCCACAGUGUCUCUAAGGCUUACUGCAAACGAGCUUCUAGAUGACCCGUUUCUUCGAAUUGAUGAUUAUGAAUAUGAUUUGAGACCCGUAGACAGUGGGGAAUUGGAUGACUUUGGUCCUCUCAUCAGACAGCCAUUCUUGGAUCUCCAUCGAAGCUAUAGUAACUUCAGUAAUGAAUACUCAAAUGGCUUUGGGUACGAAGGAGACUGGUGUUCUCAUCCAGCUGAGAUUGAACCUAGUGGAAUCGAACUUUUUGAGUAUCAUGAUGACGAGCCCUCUGAAGAUGUUGACAUAAGCAUCAAGGGCAAGAGGAAAGAUGAUGGUGGCAUCUUUUUGAGACUAAGAAUUGCUGAUAAAGAAGGUCGCAUUCGAAAUAUUUAUUUCCCAUUUGACAUAGAAAUGGACACAGCAAUAAGUGUGGCAACUGAAAUGGUUGCAGAACUCGACAUUACUGAUCAGGAUGUUACCAGAAUAGCAGAUAUGAUAGAUGGGGAAAUUGCUUCCUUGGUACCUGAAUGGAGGCCAGGACCAGGAAUUGAUGAAACUCCCCGUUUUGCAAUUCAAGGUUUAUGUCACAAUUGUGUGUCUAAUCACACUUCUAGUGGCUCUCUUCUAGAUUUUCUUUCACAUAAUCCAAGUAGCAAGAACUUGCAACUUCUCGAGUGUUGUAGGCAUGGAUGUGCUUCAAUGCAUGGGCGGUUUGAGGAGAUUACGUUCCAAUCUGAGGAGUAUGACAAUCAUGUUAGAGAGGGUCAAAACAUAUCAAGCCAAUCAGAUUGCUUGCAGUUUCAGGAGAUAUGGAUUCAGCAUGAAAGUCGUGAACUGAGUCCGGUAGAGUCUGAUCUAAGCCAUUCUGAUGAACAUUAUGAACAAUUAGGUAAAUCAGUAUCAGCUGAAGAUAAAGGACUGGAUGUUCGGGAAAACAAGUUCUCCCCCGACGAAGCAGCAAAUUCCUUAAGAAAUUUGUCAGGGAACCAUGAUUUUUCUGCUAUCGGUGCGUUGUAUACUGACUUUGCGGAUGACCGUGAGAAAGAGAUCCAAAAGGAAUUGCGAUGGCUCAAAGCAAGAUACCAAAUGGAGUUAAGGGAACUCAAGGAUCAACAGUUUGGGCUAACAGCUAAAUCUUCAUAUUGUAGUGACAGAGAGCACAAAACAGAAGAUGAAGUUAAGCCACCUUCACUGACAGAAACAUUAAAAGGAGGCAACAAUGGGAUUCACUUGAAACCCGUUACUAACAACUGGAACUAUGAUUCAAGUAACCAUCCUCGUGUCCAUAAGAGCAGCCCCAAUUUGGACACCCAAAGGGACCAAAAUUGUGAGGCGAUGCAAUCAUCCCCUGGAGAAGUUAUGAUUACUGCAAAGAGUUUUUACACAGGCUCCUUGCUUCCACCCUCUCUGCACAGGACAGUUUCCCUCCCAGUUGAUGCUUUUGAUUUAUAAUUUUCUGAGGCACUCAUUGGAUUCUUUUGUAGAUUAUAUAUAUAAAUCCACCUUAUAGAGACUAUCUGAUUUCUACAUCCUGCCCACCCUUUUUCCUAGGAAUUUCUACUAAGGAAAACUACUACUAGCUAUAAUCCUAUUCCCCCCAAAAAAAAGCAUCAACAUACACUGCAGUGAUAAUUUAUUUAAAAAAUA